CGAUUGGCCGUUUCAACCAUCAUGAACGACCCCGUGGCAGCGGCGAGUGCGACGCUGGCCGGCCAAUGGCGUGCAGAUGCGGCUUCGACACCGAUCGACCGACGCCACCGGCUUCUCGAUGCGGUCGCGGACAAAUGGUCGCACGGCCGCCGGGCGCCGACUGAGAACGCCCUCGCAUACGAUCCGCAAUACUGCAACGCGUUCAUUCAAGACGCGAUUGCCGUCGUGUAUCACUCGGCGCGGUGGACACACGGCGCCAAGACAACGACCAAGACGACGACGACUCUGUCGCCACCGAAAACCACCGUGAGCAACAACCGUCCGACGUCCGCGACCAGCGUUCGACGAAGGACGCUGGUGGACAACCCGAUCAAGAAUCCGAUGGAUGUUGCCACGAUGGUGUACCGCGCACCCAUGUUCCAGGCGCCUCAUUUACAGGCGCUCGAAGCCGAGGCAUAUUCGCUGCUUGACGCGACCGACGUUCGGUACAAGCAUCGACUCCCGCGCGGACCAGGGCUCAGCCCGACUCGAAAAGCUUGCGAGCUUGCGUCCUGCAUUCGUUGGAGCGUCCGAGAUCGAGAAGCUUAAGUGCCCCAACGGUGGGCGCCGCAAUCGUCUGGUCUAUCUCAGACCAUCGUCACGUGCCACUGGUUCUGCAACUGGACAGCGCCAGACAUAUGAGCGCCUCGUCAGCUUGGCUGCAUUACGGUGGAGAGGCGCCAAUGGAGCACACGGCGAUGUUACACACCCAGUGUAUGAAAGA